GUGUCCGCGGUGCCCGACACGGCGUCGGACAUGUACCGGGCCUUCUUCUGCCAGUACGCGAAGAUCACGGCGCCGAACGGCAAGCCCAUCGAGAUCUUCGGCGGCUCCGACCUCAGCAGCCUCCAGAUCUACCGCGCGAAAUCCAUCCUCGCGUUCUACCUCGAGGACGUCGCCGGGUCGCUCUACGGCGCCGACAAGGGCGCCGUCGCCGACGCCAUGGCCGACAACGAGGCGAAGUUGGACAUGCCCAACGGCGCGCACGAGGAGUACGGCGCGGGCACGAGCCUCGAGGGCCAGGAGCUCUACUGGGCGGAGACGCCCGUCGAGGGCGACGACUGGUUCGUCGGCUGCGACUACGAGCACCGCGACGCGGCCUUCGAGGAGAUCCUCCACCUCGUCCACGACAACGGCAUCGGCAUCGACAAGGCGGGCUACCCGGACGGCGCGCUGCCGGAGUACCAGGCGGUCAUCCGCGCGGCGACGGACCACGCGCAGCCGACGUCGCUCGGCGGCACGGGCCUCUGGGGCGAGGGCCAGGACGACUGGAUCGAGGAGCUCGCCGACGAGGGCAGCCUCACGCAGGAGUACCUCGCGAGCGUCGUAGACGUCUACUACGGCCUCUGGGCGCACUACGGCGCGGGCAUGUGGGGCGUCUACGAGCCCGCGGCGCGGGCGGACCUCGAGACGGUCGACCCAAACGCGUGGGCCAUGGUCCCCCAGUUCUUCGCGGACCACCUGACCUGGCUCGCGUACCUCCCGGACACCUUCGAGGGCACGUUCACGCUCGCCUUCGACGACGCGCUCUGCUACACCCACAAGUCGCAGUACUACCGCCACGUCGCGCUCCUCGGCGCCAACGACGCGGACCUCGUCGGCAACGACGGCGCCAACUGUUUCGGCGUCAACGCGGGCGCGAAUACGGUGACCGGCGGCGGC